GCGGCGCCGGGCGCUGUCCGAGGUGCUGAGCCCCGCGGCGCCGGGAGCUGUCCGGGGAGCUGAGCCGCGCCGCUCCCGGGCGGCAGCAUGGUGUUCGCUCCAGGUGAGAAGCCAGGGACGGAGCAAGACGAAGUUAAGCUGCAGAACGCCAGCAAGCAGAUUGUGCAGACAGCCAUCCUCCGAGCAGUGCAGCAAGUUUCCCAGGAGAGCCAGCAAAAGGAGAAGAGGACAAACAGUGGUAUGAGCCUCCAGCUGGAAAGAGGAAAAUUAACCAAGAAGCAUGAGAAAAAGUAAAGGAGCCGACUGGAUUUAGCAGCUCUUCAGUCUGCAGUGUUUUCAGCCUUCUCUUUAGUAUCAGCUGUGUUGCUAGUGCAAUGUUACUGUUGUAAAGCAAACCAAAGUAUAAUCACACCUAGGCAUAAGGUAAAGCUGCAAUAGUCCUCAGCUGAGAGAUGUUAAGUGCAUUAGGUGACUAACUGUGUUUUUGCAGUGCCUCUU